CCCUGAGCCAAAGGCACUCUUGUCCUCUAAGCCUCCCCUGGAGCAGCGUUUGUGGGCAGCCAGAGCAGGGCUUCCUCCCCAUUCCUGCUCCUAGACCCCUGGCAUCUGGGGCAGAAGCAACAUCAAAGCAGGGAUUGGCUGACUCCCACCCCAAAUGCCAAGCAGGCCAGGCACUGGGAGCACUUGGGGGCGUGACAAAUCUCAGCCUGUCUCCAGCUUGUGUUCCCUGGCCAGUCCGCCUUGGGCCUUGCCUCACGAUGACAGACCCAUCAUUCAGCCUCGUUCAUAUGCUCAUCAUUUCAGGACUGCUCUGUUACUCAGCGUGCUGCUUAGCCCUUCCCAGCCUGGAUCAGAAGAAGCGUGGUGGCCACAAAGCAUGCUGCCUGCCGACGCCGCCGCCACCGCCGCUGUUCCCACCACCGUUCUUCAGGGGGGGCCGCAGCCCGCUUCUCUCCCCAGACAUGAAGAACCUCAUCCUGGAACUGGAGACCUCGCAGUCCUCGUGCAUGCAAGGCUCGCUCGGCUCCCCUGGGCCUCCCGGCCCCCAGGGUCCACCAGGACUUCCGGGCAAGACAGGACCAAAGGGAGAAAAGGGGGAGCUUGGCCGACCAGGAAGGAAGGGUAGACCUGGCCCCCCAGGUGUUCCUGGUAUGCCCGGGCCUGUCGGCUGGCCAGGCCCUGAAGGACCCAGGGGUGAAAAAGGUGACAUGGGUAUGAUGGGCCUGCCAGGGUCAAGAGGACCAAUGGGCUCCAAGGGAUACCCUGGAUCCAGAGGGGAAAAGGGAUCUAGAGGUGAAAGAGGCGACUUGGGUCCCAAAGGAGAAAAGGGCUUCCCAGGGUUUCCUGGAAUGUUGGGACAGAAAGGUGAAAUGGGUCCAAAGGGUGAGCCUGGGAUAGCAGGACACCGAGGACCCACAGGAAGACCAGGAAAACGAGGCAAGCAGGGACAGAAGGGAGACAGUGGAGCUAUGGGCCCACCCGGCAAGCCUGGGUCUUCUGGUCCACCUGGCCGUCCAGGCCCCCCAGGACCCCCGGGUCCCGCGUCUGCAGGACAACUUGUCAUGGGACCCAAAGGGGAAAGAGGAUUUCCCGGGCCUCCAGGAAGAUGUCUCUGUGGACCCCCUGUGAAUGUGAAUAACCCUUCCUACGGGGAAUCCGUGUAUGGGCCCAGUUCCCCGCGAGUUCCUGUGAUUUUUGUGGUCAACAACCAGGAAGAGCUCGAGAGGCUGAACACCCAAAACGCCAUUGCCUUCCGCAGAGACCAGAGAUCUCUGUACUUCAAGGACAGCCUUGGCUGGCUCCCCAUCCAGCUGACCCCUCUCUACCCUGUGGAUUACGCUGUAGACCAGCACAGCACCUGUGGGGACGGGGUCCUGCAGCCUGGGGAGGAGUGUGACGACGGUAACAGCAAUGUGGGUGACGACUGCAUCAGCUGUCACCGGGCCUACUGUGGAGACGGUCACCGGCAUGAGGGUGUGGAAGACUGUGACGGCUCCGACUUUGGCCACCUCACGUGUGAGACCUAUCUGCCUGGGUCGUAUGGAGACCUGCGGUGCACCCAGUACUGCUACAUCGACUCCACGCCCUGCCGCUACUUCACAUGAGGGCCAAAAAGCGUGGAGAAGGUGGGCUGCGCCCCGUGUCACCGGCAGCAGCGUCUUCACCGUACCAAACUGGCCUUCGCGCUGUCCUGGUCCAGUCUCCACCAACCUUUGUGAGACAAAAACAAACUUCCGCUGCUAAGACGUGCUUUUAACUCAGUCUGAAUGGAAGAAUUUUAGGACCACUGCAUCCUGUCUUACUCCAAAGGACCAGAAAACCUUCCACAUGCCCAACCUGGGAACUGUCCCCCAUCACUGCCAUGCGGCCUGACAGCCGCUACAAUGCCCUUCCUCUUCCGGAAAGUGGCUGACCCACGCUGUGGACUUGGCUUAGCACUGUUAGACACCCAUAGGCCUCUGGGGCCGUCAGUUUGUUUCGAUCUCUCAUCUGGGGAGUCUGGAGUCCAGGCCUCCCGCCCCUCUGACCUCUGGGCGCGCAGGCACGCUCGCUGGGGGCAGCCGGCCGUCGGGUGUCCCAAGGCCUGUGAACCACAAAGCAGGGAGGUGGGCACGUUCUCUCGGUGUGGCUCAGACAGCUUGGGACCCGCCAAGGGACCCCUCGGCUGGCCACAGCCUGGCCCAGACUCAAGUGGAUGUGGCUCCCCCAGGAAGAGACUUAACUGUGAAAAAGUACCGAGAAACCCACCAGACC